AUGCCUGCCGUAGCUUCUUCUUCCUCCGUUGGAGGAUCUUCAUCAGUCUUCACGCGGCCUCACAAGCCGUCGCUCGACCAAGUGCAUGCUUGGAUUUUUAACUCCAAGGACUCUGUCGCCGGUAAUUGCAAGAUCGGCACUAGUUUUUGGGGUCAGAUACCUGAAACCUUCAACUCUACCUCCGAGCCUGCCCGUGGUCGGACCUCCAAGCAACUGAAGGAUCAUUGGAACGCCUACAACAAGGAGGUGUCCCUGUUCAAUGGAUACUACAUCCAAGAAUCAGGGUUACGUCAGAGUGGAGCAGACGAUGAUAUGGUCAUGAAGGCGGCAAUGGAGAGGUACGCCGUAGACAAAAGAGUGACUCACCCGUUCAGACGGCACCACUGGUGGGAAGCUGUUCGCAAUGAAGCGAAGUGGAAAGGACAACAUGGUUCUGGUAGUGUAACCGAUUCCACAUCGAAGAGAAGCCGUCUGGGAGUUUCUGGUGAGUACAGCUCCGGCGACGCGACUACGGAGGAGGAGCGUCCACCGGGCCGCGAUUGGGCCAAGGCCGCGGCUAUCCGCUAUGUUCUUCAUCAUGAGGCCUACACGCUGACUGCUCAUAUGAACGUGCCCUUCAAACAUCAUCGUCGCGUGAGCUGA